CGCUGGUGGUAAUGAGAGACUUGCUACAUGGAUCAUUCGUAACUCUGUUGCUCGCAGCACCUGCUUGUGAUGCGGGGGGAUUGGAAAGAUAUGCCUGGGAACUUUGCUUGUAUUGAUCACUGUAACAUGUAGUAAGCAGAGGAUGAAGAAUGUCGCAUUCUUGUUACUGCUCCGAUAUGUCACAAUGGGCAUUCUUUAUGGAUGUACGUUGUUUAGUCGUGUUACCUGCCAGUCUUGCUCAGUGAUCACAGAUUCUACAUGUUUUGAUCUUGAUUAUUGCCAGACAGGCUCAGAUGGGAUCAAUGGCUUGGAAUGUUACAAACAAUAUCUUGAAAAUCAUUUGACUUGCACUUGGAAGCCUGGAACUCGCGCCUCAAACGCUACGACAUACACAUUAAUAACGGAACAGAUCGACAGAAGCAAAUGUAAAAGAUGCAAGAACAUUUUAAAUACAUUCCACUUAAUUGAAGGGCUAUUCAGUAAAAAUUCUGUGACCAUUUGGGUCGUUGAAAGUGACCCCAACAGGAAUUGUUCCAAAGCAAUUUUCAAAGGCACGCCAAAUCAGUUGGUAAGAUGUCCUCCACCAUCACAAAUAAGUUAUACAAGAGGUCAAGGAAAGUUACACAUAUCUUGGAAAAAAGGAAAAAAUGCUUUGCAAUAUCUGGUUCAAUUCAGAGAAUCUAACAUGGUUACCUGGAAAACGGUCAAAUCAGAUAAUAAUCAUGAAGUCACAGUGUCUGGGUUGAAUCGAUCAGUUUCGUAUGCAGCUCAGGUUCAAUGUAAUCCUAAUAGCACCAGUAAGAGGUGUCAGAAGUGCAUGUGGAGUGAUGUUUUGUUUAUCCCUCCUGAGUUGACAGAGGUGCCAAAUAUUGUGGAGUUUAUUACGGAACUAUUACCCAGCGGGAAGCAAAGGUUCCAUAUGAGUUGGAAGUACAACAGCAAUGUCUCAGGAUACAGUGUCACUGUCAAAGAAGAAUCUGGAGAAUUUCAAGAGACCUUCAACACUACCCUUCCAGAGAUCAGUCUGACUCUCUCUCUAUCUGCCUACUUGGUCCGUGUUGUAGCUUUUAACAGCGGUGGACAAUCGCCGGCAUAUCAAAGAAAGAUCCCAGAGCCUCAAAAUAUAGACUUGCCCGGUCAAAUCAAUGUAUCUGCCUGCUCAAAUGAGAGCUUUUCUAUUUCCUGGAAUAAAAGCCUUGUUAAAAACUACACCUGCUAUUCUGUUGUGUGGGGCCUUGUUCAUGGAAACAAGACAUCGCAAUCGUUUCAUUCUCUGUCAGAAAAGAUAUCCUUACGAGGGACCUUGGAACCUUACAAAAUAUACCGAUUCAUUCUGCAUUUAAGACACAAUAAAUCCCCCUGCAACUUGAAAAGUCUGAAUAACAGUGAAAGCACAUAUGGCAGGGCAGAUGCUUAUUGCGUUGAAGGAAGACCAAAGAGUGGACCUGUCAACGUCACCUACAGCAAUGUUACAAAAACUUCAGCUGUGAUAAAUUGGAGUAAAGUACGUGAAGAGGAUCUGCAGGGAUUUCUUCAGGGCUAUAUAAUCCACUAUAGAGCUAACGAUACAAGUGCUUCCUCAGCAAUCACUGUUAAUUCCUCCACAAAUAGUUAUAUUUUAACUAAACUGAAAAGCAAAACAAUCUACAAAGUCAGUGUGUCUGCCUUCACAACGGCUGGGGAGGGAGUCCGAAGCGACCAAAUCAUAUUUGAAACAAAGCAAUACGAGCUCAGUAAUAUAAUUGUCAUUGUGGUGUGUGUCAUCUCUGGAAUACUAUUGAGUCUGUGUGCUGUUCCUAUUUCCUCCAGAGCAUUUAAAAGAGCAAAGAUUUUUUUUUGGCCAAAUAUACCCAACCCUGGCAACAGCAAUGCUAUGCAGGAAAUUGAUAGAAGCAGCCCACUGGAGUUUUCGCAUACCACAGCAGUACCUCUGUUUGAAGCUGACACUGAUGAGAAAGAUGCUGACAGCCUGCAUAUCAUUGAAGAGUCGUCAGUGAUGCUUGCAGAGAUCGAGCAGCUUCAAAAUGAACCUGUCCAAAGCAACGUGGAUCCCAGUCCAACAAAACCAGCCCCCCCGCCUGUAAGCGAUUAUACCACCAUGGAGUUCUUUCAUCAAGUCAUGCCUCAUGCAUCCAUAGCCACUGCUGUAGCUCAAGUCCAGCCAGGCAGACAGAAUGACAUAGAGCUGAGUACCAUGGCAACGUUGAAGGGUAUGACAGCCCUUGACUAUCUAAAGCAAACACUUUGCAAUGUUUACUCCAAUACAACUACAGCUGGAAAUGACACAAUUGAAACAGUGAUGUGAAUGUCAAGCACAGAAUCUUUAGUCUUCAAAGGAAAAGGCGCCUGGCAAUGAGUGAAAGCCCAUCUGUUUUUAGUUGUCUUUCGAGAAGCAAGCAACAAUAAACCAUUGUCUGCAAAGCCUCCUGCAAGCAACAACAAGCAACAACACUGUCUUAAAGUACGAUUCUGUGGGGCAUGCCAAUGUGGGGCAUGCCAAUGUAAGACUUCUUAAAAUUGUUUUGUCUCACUUUUCUUUCAGAAGAGCGCAUAUACAGAAUUAACAUUAUACUCAUCAAGACAUGUUAAAAUAAAUCACUCAUUACCCCAUAUUUAGGUUUUCAUCAGAUUGGCGCAUUUGAGGCUGUGAGUGGGUAUUGCCAGCCACUCUGCAACAAUAAGAUCCCAAUGCUCAAAUAGACAUUGGAAAUGUUGUCCUGAUUGAGAAAUUUCACAAUGAAAAGAACUUGUAGAAACAGUUUUUUUACAACCAGGCUCUGUUUUCUCCUCUUGGCUUGAGAUCGCCCAUAGCUGCCUCAGUUGGAUGGCAUUUCCGCUGGGUCCUAGUGGAGACACUAUACUGAGUAGUGAUUAUACGAAUACAUUAUUAAAAAAUACAACUUUUAGUACUCCUGCAAUGUGACGGGGACAUUUCCCCAUCGUUGAAAAAGUGAUAGGGACAUGUCCUCCAUGUAAAUUACGCCUAUGUUUGUGACUGGGGUCUGCAGCUGUAAUGUCUGGUCCUAAGUACUGGUGGUGAUUUUAUAUAAACAAUUUUUAGUCCCAAACUGACAGUUGCUGAGGAUGAUUACAUUUCAGUUUCACACCCCUAGAGACCAUUUCUAAAUUUACCCUACCUCAGAAAUGCAGCUGCAUUUCAGUUCAAAAGCGUACAUAAUAAUCUCAACAGAAGCAACAAAAGAGUAUACAGGAGUAUCUGUAGUAUUUUGUAUUUAAUUAUAUCCUGAUGUAACUAUCAGUUAUCUGCUGUAUUAUUGAAUUGUAUUUUGUCACACUUGUACUUGCUUGUACUCAUUGUAUUCAUCAUUGUAUUUAUCUUGCUCUUAAUUGUAUUAUUACUUGCACUGUGAUUCUUGAAAUGUAUUUGUUUACGACUGUAAGUCGCCCUGGAUAAGGGCGUCUGCUAAGAAAUAAAUAAUAAUAAUAAUAAUAAUAAUAAUAAUAAUAAUAAUAAUAAUAAUAAUAAUAAUAAUAAUAAUAAUACAAACCACUCAAAUUGAAAUAUUAAAAAGGUAAGGAAUGUAGAUAGUAUAAGCAAGGGGUGUCAAACUCCUGGAGGGCCACAGUGUCUUCUGGCUUUCAUUCCACCUGAUCUCUCAAUUACUUAAUUGCUCUAAUGAUUUGAUUAACUGGACACAUUUAACACUUCUCUUCAGGCCUCAAAAUGUUUCAUAGGUAAUGUAUCUUGAAUCAAGUGCAUUUCUAAAACCAUCAACUGUAAAAGACCUUGAAAAAUAUGAAAUACUGUAUGUCAAACUGAACAAAUAAUUAAAUCAAUUAUGUUAAUUGAGAGCUGGAAUGGAAUGAAAACCAGAAGACCCUGCAGCCCUCGAGGACUGGAGUUUGACACCCAUGGUAUAAGGUAUCCCUUUGAUUGGAAUUCAAGUGAGUAAUCACAGAGAAUGGGGUGCUGUUCAGUCAAACUACAGUACAGGGCCUGUGUCAUCCCGUUGAAUCAGAAAAAACAGGACUAUAACGUGCUGUAUUUGUAUUGUAUAAAAUUAGAAUUUGCUAAACACA